AUGCCAAUGUCUGGCGCGGAUGGUACUCAAAUGCUCCCUACUCUGAACGAGAAGGAGCACGGAGGAGAGGGUACCGAUUCCGAGAAAGUUUCUUCCGAACUCGAUGGCAGCUCCGGCGUACUACUGGAAUUUCCCUCCGAAGAAGAAAGACAGACCCUUCGCAGAGUAUCUGACUCUCUGCCUUGGAAUGCAUUCUUGAUUGCUAUUAUCGAAAUGGCUGAACGGUUUUCGUACUACGGCUGCAGCGCUGUCUUUACCAAUUUUAUACAACAACGGCUUCCUCCUGGAUCCCUCACGGGAGCGGGUGGUCCCGAUGGGCAGUCAGGUGCUUUAGGAUUAGGACAAAAAGCAGCCACCGGCCUUACUACGUUCUAUCAGUUCUGGGUUUAUCUCACCCCAUUACUCGGUGCAUAUGUCGCGGACACCUAUCUGGGACGUUUCAACACAAUCUGUGUCGCGACAUUCAUUACCCUCAUCGGUCACAUUCUUCUCAUCGUCUGUGCCGUUCCCGGUAUCAUUGAACACAAGAGCGCAACGGCCGUUUUUGUGAUUGCAAUGAUCAUCAUGGGGCUUGGAACCGGAGUCUUCAAAGCCAACGUUUCACCUUUAAUCGCUGAACAAUAUACGCGCACCCAACUGUUCAUCAAGACGCAAAAAGACGGCGAGCGUGUCAUCGUCGAUCCUGCUUUAACGAUAGCGCGCGUGUACAUGUAUUUUUACUUGUUCGUGAACGUCGGCUCAUUGAUUGGACGGAUAGGUAUGACCUAUUCGGAGAAGUUUGUCGGUUUUUGGCUGGCUUUCACGUUACCUACGAUCAUAUUCUUGGUCUGUCCUUUCGUCCUCUGGGUAGGGCGUAAGCGAUACGUUCGAACUCCCCCCACAGGGUCGAUUCUCGCCACGUCUCUCAAACUAUGGCGUCUUGCUAUGAAGGGACGUUGGAGCAUUAAUCCUGUCAAGUCCUACCGUCAACUUACGGCCCCUGAUUUCUGGGAGACUGUGAAACCAAGCAAACUUGGUGAUACCAAACCGGCGUGGAUGACGUUCAAUGAUCUAUGGGUAGAUGAAGUUAGACGGGGAUUGAAGGCUUGUGGUGUAUUUUGCUGGUACCCAGUGUACUGGCUUUCUUAUAACCAGCUGAACAGUAACCUCACAUCGCAAGCGGCCACUCUGUCGACUCACGGGCUUCCCAACGACGUCUUGUCUAACUUGGAUCCCUUAGCACUCAUUAUCUUCAUCCCGAUCUGUGAUGUGUUUAUAUACCCUUUCCUUCGACGAAAUGGAAUCAAAUGGACCUCCUUGAAGAAGAUUACUGCUGGUUUCGCUACUGGCUCAGCCGCUAUGGUGUGGGCAGCAGUUGUACAACACUAUAUUUACAAGACGAAUCCUUGCGGAUAUCACGCCGCUACCUGCAAGGAUGCACACGGCAAGCUCUUGGUUUCGCCAUUAAAUGUAUGGAUACAAAGUGGCUCUUACGUUCUCAUUGCAUUUAGCGAAAUUUUCGCAUCUAUCACUGGCCUCGAAUACGCUUUCACCAAAGCCCCGAAGAACAUGAAGUCGUUAGUCAUGUCCGUGUUCCUAUUCACUUCUGCGCUCUCUGCUGCUCUGGGAGAAGCGUUCGUCUCUUUGGCAACAGAUCCUUUACUUGUCUGGAACUAUGGAGUGAUGGGUGUUCUGGCUGGUAUAGCCGGAAUUCUUUUCUGGUUAUCGGUUUCCAAACUUGAUCAACAGGAAGAUUAUUUAAAUAACUUGAGUGUCAGAACGGUACAAGGCGGUGAACGGUAG